AUGGAAAACAGUACCCAUGAUGCUUCAGGAGAUGAGAUGACUCCAGAACUAUAUAAGAUCAUCCUCAUAGUAUCACUCUGUGCUAUUGUACUUGGGAUAACUGCCAAUUGUUUCAUUAUUAUCUCAUUCUGUAAAGUCAAGCUUCUUCGUACUGUAACGAACUAUUUCAUUGUCCAACUAGGCGUGGCAGAUAUUUUUCUCCUUCUUUCCCUUGCCAUUUGGAUGAGUUUUUCAGCGACAAAAUUGUCGAUGAGCGAUGAGCAGAAACAGUUGACAUCUUCUGUUCUUAUUUCAAUCGAGGUUUUUUCGUCGUCCGCGUCACUCACAAGUCUCGCGUGUGUCAGCAUUGACCGCUGCCUAGCAGUGACUGUACCGUUGCGCUAUCAAUCAAUCACGACCCAUUCACGUGCUCUCGUUGUGGUUCUGAGUGUUUGGUCCUAUUCAAUGAUCACAUUCAUCACGUCGUAUUCACGUGUGAUUGUCGACAAGGAAAUAUACAACAAGAUAUACAUCACAUGUCUAUUUUCAUUCACGUUUGCGCUACCGAUUCUAAUUACAACCUGGUCUUAUUAUCGCAUAUUUUGCGCAGUUUGGCGACAGGUUCAUCAUCUUCCUAAACAAACCACUCCCAACCGUCGAUUCCGUAUGGUCAUGAAAGAAUUCCGAAUUGCAAUUAACAUUCUUGUGACGAUCUUACCAACCUAUCUUCUUUGGGGAAGUUUUUGGGUAGCGACCUUGAGAGAAGCAUUUUUGGAAAGUUUGCCAAAUUACACUGCCGUUGAAAACUGGUUAUUGGGGAACACACCUCACUUUGCAGCAACCGUCAACCCUCUAAUAUACAUCGCUAUGACGCGGGACUUUCGCAGACUUUUCAUGCGGUUAGUGUCGUGCAGCAAACAUCGUGAAGAGUUCAGUCUCGUGGUGGACUCAAGCAGACAACGUUCAGUCUCAACACGCAGUUGUUCGACGACACAGAGUAUACCUCUUGUGGAUGUUGUAAGCUCUCAGGACUUUGCUAAAAGUUUCACUUUAUCCGAUGAUGGUAAAUCUGGAAAUGGGAAUAUUUCUACUGAGUCAAGUUUCGUGACAUCGUCCAUUCCUGAAGAUAAUCAUGAACUGGUUUCUUUUUAGAAACUAUUUAUAUAAUCAUUGCAUGUUUUAUCCCUUCAGUAAAUUUUCACUUUAAAAUAUUUGAAUCCGUCCCUUGUGGUGGGUAUAAGGACACUGGACACUAUGUAAAAUUUUAGUGACAAUAAUACAGUCAUUACAGUUCUUAAAGAAGAGCAAGAGUCUGCACGACUGUUGAAAUCCAGGCUCGAAGAUUAUUUGCUCGAGAACUAACACGAUGAGUGAACAGGACUGCCAAAAUUCAAGCAUAACUUGAAUUGGAAUUAUGUCAUAACAGGCGGUGCAACGUUGUGUCCGCGAGUAAUGCGACGUUUUGCUCCCUAAAAUAGCUCUGCAUGGAUAUAUUUAAACCUAAAAUAUACUUGAUUAUAUUAAUUCUAUUCAGUAAGAGCAUAGCGAACUUAGAACGAUACUAGACUAUUAUUUUAGCUCGGCGUGA